AUGUCGGGCGGGUUGGGACCACCACAUGGACCGGGCGAGCUGUUCCUAGAGGGCCCCUCGGACCCCGACGCACAAGCCACCGUCACCGAUUUCAUCGACUACACCGAGUACCUUCCCUCUGACCUAGUCCGCUCCUUGACCCUAGUUCGCGACCUGGACAAAAAGUACCUGGACGCGGCCAACGCCGUUCACAAGCUUACCAAGACCUAUGGACAACUACCUCACUUACCUCAAGAAACGCGCCCGGAGCCGCAUGCGUUGCGCGUCCAGAUUUCAGAACAGCUGAAACGAGCGAUCAAUGCGCGCGAGGCCUCCUUCGCAGAGGCAUCUCGCCUUUACGAUGUCGUGGACCGCCAUUUCAACCGUUUAGCGAGCAUCAAAUCAAAACUCGUUGCACUCUCAAUUACCACCGCACGCGAGCUCGCCAUUGACCUUCCCGAAACAAAAGAUGGCGCAGCUGGGGCUAAAGUCGAGAAAACAGAGCCACCUACGCGUAUCACACUCCGCCUUGACAGUGCUAGGCAAAAGUCACGCGCUGCUCAGAGAGGAGCGAGGGGCGGUCGUGCUACGGCGUUUGAUCCCAGUCAAGUGGCACCCAGCGUGGAAGGAUCUGAUGCUGACGCUGCUAUUGGGCUAGGCGUGGAGGAGGGGCAGAAAAAGGGGGCCAAGCAAAAGAAGGCCAGAAGGAACCCCAGAACGUUGCAAGGUGCAGAGGGUGAACAUAUCACAGCGGAACGCUCUACGAGUAGAGCCCUUGCAGCACUAUCAGCUCCUCCUCCAGAUGCAAAAAUAGGCAGCGAGUUUCUUCCAUGGUUACGCUUAACAGAUUGGGAAAUGGCCUGUCUUCGCAAAAAGAUGAAGAAAAACAACUUCUGGCAGCCGAGUGAGGUCAUGAUCCAUCGUGAGCUCUCAGAACUGGGCCGCGGAUGGGAUAAUUAUCGAGCAGCAAGGGAGAAGGCUGAAUCAACAGGCACCGAGCUCAUCGACUGUGACGAUAUCAUGAACAACUACGUUCAAGGGAAACUUACCCGCAAAAGCGAAGUGCACGGCAACAUGGGAACCACCGGGGUGGAAGAAACCAAGCUGAUCAAUCGAGCUAAACCUAGGACAAAACCAAAAACUACCUCCAAGAAGAGGAAAUUCGAGGAGACAGCAGCUCUUGAUGCUCAGGAGGAGGACGUGGAGCCCUUGACUUCCGAGGCUGUCUCCGGAACAACUAAUGUUAAAAAGCUUAGGCUCACCAAACCUGCCCUUAUUUCUAAUGAAAGCUCUAUUGCUGAAACUACACCGGCAAAGCUCUCACUUUCUCUAGGACCGUCAGGUUCAGCGAAGGGAACCCCGGGCCCGUCCUCUGCUGAGCCUGAACGCCCAGUCACCCGAAGCGGGCGUCGACCAUCAGCCUCAUCCAAAGCCCAGCCAGUCUCCACCCCACCAACUGGCCUAAAAUCCACCCGUCACCGGUCUGCGACGGCGGGAUCAACCGAAGCUGGGGGCCGUGAGGCGCUCCACCGCAAGAGCAUGACACCGGGAAAAGCGGCAGCUACCGAUGCGGGGGCCAUCGCACCAACUGUAGCACUGGGCACCACCGCAGCAAGUCGACGAAGUAAACGUCCUGCUCCCGGGCCCGUCACGGCUGGCCAAGACGGAGGAUCAGCGGUUAGCGUUGGUCGACGCAAGGUGAAGCCGGCCAAGAAGAAGAAAGAUCAAAACCCCAAAGACGCACAACUACCGGAUGGUUAUCGAAUCGACGAAGACGGAGUGGUUGAAGAGAUCGAUCCGAACGAACCGAGAUACUGCAUCUGCGGAGACGUUAGUUUUGGGACCAUGAUUUGCUGUGAGGAUAAUGAUUGUGACAGAGAAUGGUUCCAUCUGGAAUGUGUCGGGCUGACAGAGGUGCCAAGUCGUACUGCAAAGUGGUACUGCCCAGACUGCAGGAAGAAACUCGGCAAAGCAGCUGCCGAUGGGAUUGUUCGAUCAGGUGGCAGGCGUUGAUAUGUUUUCACGUUCUUUUGAUGAAAUCAUGCUGCAUCAUGGGUGUCGG